GUAAUGGUGGGGAAGGGAGGACCGGGCUGCCCGUAGCGGUGCCUGUGCCGGAAUGGAUCCCUCCCGUGAAUGCCCGUUUUCGGAGGACAGCUUCACCCGCUUCUCCUCCCAGAGCAACAUCUACGGGCUGGCCGCGCUGCCCGGGGCGGCCCGCGGGGGCGGGCGGGGCCAGGGGCAGGAGGAUUUCUCGGGGGCGGCUGGGGGGCUCCUGGCUGCCACCCUCAAGGGGAAAGUGAUUUAUUUCCGCUACCAAGACCUGAGGCAGAAGCUGCGCCCCGUGGCCAGGGAGCUGCAGUUCACCUAUAUCCCAGUUGAUGCCGAGAUCGCCUCCAUUGACACUUUCAACAAAUCACCUCCCAAAAGGGGUUUGGUGGUGGGGAUCACCUUUAUUAAGGAUUCCGGCGACAAAGCCAGCCCCUUCCUUAACAUUUACUGCGACUAUGAACCAGGCUCUGAGUACAACUUAGAUUCUAUCGCACAGAGCUGCUUGAACCUGGAACUGCAGUUUACCCCAUUCCAACUGUACCAUGCAGAAGUCCAGGUUGCUGACCAGCCGGAGACGGUGUUCCUUUUGAGUGGCAAUGACCCCGCUAUCCACUUAUACAAAGAGAAUGAAGAGCUGCACCAGUUUGAGGAGCAGCCGGUGGAGAACCUCUUUCCUGAACUCAAGGAGCUGCCAAGCAACGUCCUCUGGUUAGAUGUGUACAACAUUCCAAACUCAGGGCAACGGAUCACGGCCUUUGGUUGCCAGAGCGGCUACAUCCGAGUCGCCCAAGUUGAACCAGCCAGUCGAGUGGUGCUGCAGAGCUGGAACAUCCAGCAAGACGGUCCAAUCUCCAAAGUCCUGGUGUUUGCUCUGCCAACUUCCUGCCGUCCAGGUGACUCCCCAGGAACCGUGGCUUCAAAUGGUAAUGCUGGCCCCCAGGCUCAGAGCUACAGUGUCCUAGUCACCAGCACUCUGGAACUGUCUGUUGUCUACAGGAAUGUGCUGCAGAGAGGCCUGGACGACCAGCUGGUCCUUCCCUUGAGUGAUCAGUACGACAGCGUCCUGUGUGCCCUCGUGACUGACGUCAACUUUGACCGUGAACCAGAGAUCCUGCUUGGCACCUAUGGGCAGGAGCUUUUGUGCUACAAGUACCGGCCCCUGAAUGCUACAGCGGGAGUCCAGCCCUCCAGCCCGUCUGACGGGGAGUUCCACCUGCUGUGGCAGCGCACUUUCCCCAGCCCCCUCCUGUGCAUGGAGUAUGUCGACCUCACCUGUGACGGCCUCUGCGAACUGGCUGUGGUGUGUCUCAAAGGGCUGCAUAUCCUUCAGCACAGCCUGAUGCAGACGGCCGAGUGCCUCUUAGAGCGGCUCCGGUUGAAAGUGGCCGGGCGGACGGCCCAGACGGCACUUCCUGCACAGCCCCAAGACGCCAAGCCUGAGGAUGGUGAUGGGAGAGGACCAAAGGAGUGAUGGGUGCGCCCUCUUGCCUGUUCCCUUUGCCCAGAAACCAGGGAGGAGUGCGGGGACAGGACCUUCCAAGUUCUGCCAUGGCCACCGCAGAAGGAAGCAAGGACCAAUUUGAUGGUUAUGGUGCAGGAGCAAGGAGAUGUGGAGUCCACCCAGGACCUCCCCAAGCAACCUUUCUUGGAUGCGUCUUGGCCUCAGGAAAGAAGCCUCUUGCAUGAGGCUCCCUUGUGAACAGUUGUCAUUCCAUCUCUCUCCCGCCUGCCCCGCCACUCCCCAAAGAGGCUAGCCUGACCAAGAACUCUAUAAAUAGGGAAUAAAUUUUGUACACUAAG